AUGCGCAUCCAAGCGACAGUGUGGCCGCUUGUGCGCAGGAAAGAUCUUACCAUUGAGAGCGCGGACCCUGAGGAGAUCGCAGUAAGAGAACAAAAGCUCCGUGGUUUAUGGGAUCAAUUCGAGAUUACUCAAGCUAAAAUAGAGGAUAUUCAGGCAGAGGAUGAGGAUCCUAAUCAAUCGGAAGAACAAAAAAGGGAACGAUCCGAGUUCGAAACUACAUAUUAUCAUUCGAUGGCGUUGGCCAAACGGCUCCUUGCGCCAACGACACCACGCGGCACACCAGGAGCUUCGAGACCACUCAGGACUCCAGCAGUCGACGAACCAGAGGGAGUUGCGACAUCCAGCAUAAAAUUGCCGCAGCUCAAUCUCCCUAAGUUCGAUGGAGUCGCUGCUCAAGUAAUAAACUCCCUAGAAACCACGGCGGAUAAUUAUCACGAAGCAUGGGAAUUGUUAAAGACGAGAUUUGAGAACAAACGUCUGAUGUUACACCAUCACGUACAUUCGCUCUUUGACAUAACCUCGAUUCCAAAGGAAUCAGCUUCACAGCUUCGUAAACUCGUAGACGAUAUCCUUAAACAUUUACGAGCGCUCAAAACACUUGGUCAACCAACUGAUCAAUGGGACUGUCUCAUGAUUUAUUUAGUAAGUUCUAAAUUAGAUGCAGCCACAAGGCGUAAAUGGGAAUCAAGUAUCACGACAAAUACUCCUCCGACAUUUAAGCAACUCACAGAUUUCCUGACACAACAUUGCUCAGUAUUGGAGACCUUGCAGCCCGCGAAACUUACAACUAACAAAGUGCAAGCCGAACGGAAGGAUAAGAAAUCAGAACAAACUACUUCAUGCGUGAGCACUAAAGAUACUUCCAAGGCUUGUCCAACGUGUAAGGGCGAUCAUUCUAUUUAUAAUUGCACUAAAUUCAAAGAAUUGUCUGUCGAAGAGCGAGUGAACGUGAUAAAGCGAAUCAAAUUGUGUUUUAACUGUUUGCGUGAUAGUCAUUCGGUUGAGAAAUGCUUGGCGGGCGGAUGUAAGCGAUGUGGUAAAAAGCACAACACGUUAAUCCAUUAUGACCGACCGCGUGUCGAGAAUCAGAGCGAAUCUUCACCUAGUGAAGGGAGCAGCAUCAAGUCAGAUACUCGUAAUAAUAAGUCAAAGGAUCAAUCAGAUCAAGUUUCAUUAUCACAAUGCGUGGCUAGGAAGAGACCUCAAGUCUUACUGUCUACAGCACUAGUCCUAAUUUACGAUAAGUCAGGUCGAUCGCAUGUGUGCAGAGCUCUUUUGGAUUCGGGAUCUCAGUCGAAUUUGAUCACGACGCAGUUUUGCGACAAACUACAGUUAACAAAGUACGAGGCAGAUGUUUCGAUCUCUGGCGUCAAUUUAAACCGCUCUACUGUUAAGAAAUCCGUUCACGCGACGAUUAAAUCACGAGUGAAUGAAUUCAAAUCAAAUCUUUCGUUUCUAAUUCUGGAUCAAAUCACCGAAAACUUACCAAUGUCCGGAAUCGAUAUUCAGCAGAUCACAAUUCCAGAUAAUAUUGUCCUAGCAGAUACGUCUUUUCACAAGCCGGGGAAAAUCGACAUACUUCUCGGAGCCGGUGUAUUUUGGAGACUGUUGUGCGUGGGACAACUCCACAUGUCAGGCGGUCAAUUAAUACUACAGAAAACUAAACUAGGUUGGAUUGUGUCGGGUAACAUUUUGCCAACUAAGAUGAAGCACGCUGACACAGAGAUAGUAUCAUGUGGAGUAGCUUUUGAGAAGACUCUCGAAGAACAAGUUGAGAAAUUUUGGAGAAUAGAGGAGUAUACCCCAACUAAGAAAUAUUCACAAGAGGAACAACUAUGCGAGGAGGAGUUUAAGACAACGCAUCGUAGAGAUCAAGAUGGACGAUUUAUUGUUGGACUUUCAUUUCGUCAAGACAUCGAUCAGUUGGGAGAAUCCCGUAGCACGGCAGUCAAACGCUUACGAGCACUAAACCGGAGAUUGGAUCGACAACCCGAACUGAAAAUGCAAUACAAGGCAUUUUUAGAUGAGUACCUCACAUUAGGCCACAUGACAGAAGUCAACAGCUCCGACGUCCAGAAUGAGACAUUGUACCACUACAUUCCACAUCACGCAGUGUUAAAAGAAUCGAGCACAACGACUAAAUUACGCGUUGUUUUUGAUGCAUCGUAUAUAAUAAAAAUGUUUCGGCAGAUACAAUUACGAGAUGAUCAACGCGAUCUUCAGAGAAUCCUGUGGCGGUCAGAUUGGAGUCAACCGAUAAAGGAAUACAGAUUAAAUACAAUCACAUAUGGACUCGCCACAGCACCGUUCCUCGCAAUCCGAUGUCUUCAUGAAGUGGCUUAUCAACACGAACAGGAGUCUCCAUUCAUCAGUAACAUCAUCCUGAACGACUUCUAUGUCGAUGACCUGCUUACCGGUGGCGAUACAAUAGAGCAAGUCAAGAUCAUUAAGAAAGAAAUCAGUCGAAUAUUGCUCACCGGCAGGUUUCCACUUAGGAAAUGGAAUUCAAACACACCCGCCAUUAUCAUAGAUGAAAUCGAGAACACAUCAGUGGAUGAUCAACCUAUUGGAGACGAGGUCAAGACACUGGGACUUUAUUGGAAUCCACUGGAUGACGUUCUUCGAUACAAGAUAAACACGAAGAGUGACAACACACGAAUAACGAAGAGAACACUCUUAUCACUUAUAUCCCAGAUUUACGACCCACUAGGCUUAGUUGGGCCGGCUUGUAUCAGAGCCAAAAUCAUCCUCCAACAGCUUUGGCGUCUAAAAAUCGGAUGGGACGAAUCUCUGCCAGCCGAUUUGCAUACCAUGUGGGUGCAAUAUUACAGCCAGUUGUCUUCUAUCAGUAGCAUCUCAAUUCCACGACUCAUCGUUUGCGCAAAUCCUAAGAAGAUUGAACUUCAUGGAUUCUGUGAUGCGUCCGAGAGUGCCUACGGAGCAUGCAUUUUCAUUCGAUCACUCACCGUCGAGGGAGAAUAUUUAGUAAGGUUACAUUCAGCGAAGUCCAGAGUAGCUCCUUUAAAGGUCAUCAGUAUACCGAGGCUUGAAUUAUGCGGAGCCCUCCUGCUUGCGCGACUCGUGCGCAAGGUUCUGGAGGCGUUAACUUUAUCAAUCGAUGAGAUACACUAUUGGUCGGAUUCACAGGUCACAUUAGCUUGGAUCGCCGGAGAGCCAACUGAAUGGAAGACCUUUGUAGCGAACAGAGUCGCUGAAAUACAGCGACUAUCCAAUAAGAACUGCUGGCAUCAUGUGUCUUCUAAGGACAAUCCCGCAGACGUAUUAUCACGUGGCAUCAACCCAGAGCAAUUGGAGAAUUUUAGAUUAUGGUGGAACGGCCCGCCAUGGCUAUCUCAACACAUCGACAUAUAUCAUAAAUCUAAACCAAUCGAUGAAGAAGUUAUAAACACAAGUGUCGUCGAAGCAGCAGAGCAAAUACCCGUUCUCAACAACGUUAUUCAAGAGUUUGACUUGUUAGAGCGAUAUUCUUCUUGGUCGAAACUUAAAAACAUAAUGGUAUACUGCUUACGAUUCAUUCGCAAUGUCAAACAAUUGUUGGUGACAAGAAAAUCUAGAGACUCUAAUAAUCGACAACCCACCCUGAAUCCAACAAUAAAGGAGAUACCGUUGCCAUCGGUAGAAGAGUUAGAUCAAGCAACUACAACGAUCCUGAGACUCAACCAAGCACGAGAUUUCCCGCAAGAAAUUCGAGAUUUGACAAGUAGGCGCAAGUUGCAAGGAAAUAGCAAACUAUUGUCAUUAAACCCGUUCAUCGAUGACAAUGGGCUUAUCCGAGUUGGAGGACGCCUUCGGCAAGCUCCAUUGCCGUACACACAGCGUUUUCCAGUAGUGUUAUCGUCCGGCGGUCAUAUCACGAAACUAAUCAUCCGAGAUCAACAUGUGAGAAAUUUGCACGCCGGUCUGCAAGCAUUAUUAAGUAUCAUAGGCGAGAAAUAUUGGAUCUUAAGUGCACGAUCCGCGGUCCGAAGAGUUCUGCACGGGUGCAUCAUCUGUUUUCGUACGAGUGCAAAGAGUCCUCACCAAUUAAUGGGUGACUUGCCUGAAUUUCGAGUCACGCCCUGCCGCGCAUUUCUAAACGUAGGUAUAGAUUACGGAGGACCGUUCAACGUUAAGGUCUCACGGAACAAAUCAUCCAAGGCAUAUUUAUGUUUAUUUGUGUGUCUCGCAACGCGUGCGGUACACCUAGAACUUGUAACCGAUCUCAGCACUGCGGCAUUUCUCAAUGCAUUACGGCGGUUUAUUGCGCGGCGAGGUAAAUGCGCGAAUAUUUAUUCAGAUAACGGCUCUAAUUUCGUUGGCGCCAAUAAUGAGCUCAAGGCUCUGUUGAAUUUACUACGAGACAAAUCUCAUCAGUCAGAGGUAUCACAGUAUUUAUCCGAUCAAUCAAUUAAGUGGCAUUUUAUACCGCCCUACUCUCCCCACAUGGGUGGCAUUUGGGAAGCCGGCAUAAAGUCCGCUAAGACGCAUCUGAAGCGAGUUCUUGGCAAUGCACUCGUGACAUUCGAGGAAUUCUACACAUUAUUGACGGAGAUUGAAGCAAUUCUUAAUUCUAGGCCUCUGACACCGAUGUCGAGUGAUCCUAAUGAUUUCUCUGCUCUUACCCCGGGUCAUUUUUUGAUCGGUUCAUCUUUGACGGCUAUACCUCAGGUGGAUUUGCAGGACACCGCUUCAAAUCGUCUAACUCGUUACCAAUUAUUGAUUAAAUUAUUACAACACUUUUGGUCUCGAUGGAGUAGAGAAGUGUUAUCUCAAAUGCAGCCCAGAAAUAAGUGGAAGAGCUGUAAUCUUACCGAUUCAUUGAAACCUGACACGCUUGUAAUUCUAAGAGACGAUAGAUUGCCGCCACUACAAUGGAAGCUUGGUCGCAUAACAGAGAUUCAUCCUGGAAAGGAUAAACUUGUUCGAGUCGUUAGCAUUAAGACUAGCAAUG